UAGACCGAAUGUCGCCGUCAAAAAUAGUUCUGACAAAUGACACAGGGAACACGAAUGUGAUCUACAAGAACGGCAACAGUCAGCUGCUGGACAUGACCAUUGAAAAUGGCGAACUCAAAAAGCAACUAAAACUGCUAGAAGAUGAAAACAAAAACAUGAAUGCUUUAUUGAAGAAGUAUGAAAAUGAGAUCGAGAAGCUGAACAAGACUGAUAGUCAUAUGAAAGAGCUUGUGAAACAGUUGGAAGAGGAGCAAUCCAAGUCGAAGAGUUUGCACGAUGUGUUGCAAAGCAAGAAGGAAGAGUUCGAAAAAUUAACAGUUGAGUAUGAUGAGCUGUCCACACAAGUGAUGGAUAAUAUUCAGGACAUUGACAAUUACAAAGAACAGAUUGAACAUCUACAAAAGAAGUUGCAGGAGGCUUCCAACACGAUAGAGUCAUACAAAAACACUGAAACCGAACUUCAGCUUUUACACGAAAAGAACAAGGCAACUGAAAACCAAUUGAGUGAAGCACAUAUGCGCAUCAUUCAGCUUCAAGAAGAAAAUGAAACACUUUUACCAUUCAAAGCAAAAUUCGAAGAGUCCACCCAGCAAGUCGCUCAGCUUGAAAGUGUUUCUGAACAGCUUGAACAACUAAAAGCAGAAUAUGAAGUGUUGAAGGCAAGAAACGAAGCCCUGGAGGAAGCUAAGAAGGAAUUAGAAAGUAAAUUGUGUUCCAUGGAAGAGUCUCAAGAGAAACACGGGCAGUUGCAAACUCACUUUGAAGAGCAACAUUUGAAGCUCAAACAGCUGCAAGAGGAAAACCAUGACCUAACAGUGGCAGUCCAAGAGCUUUCCGCAAAGAUUGUCAGCCUGGAGGAACAGAUGGUUCGAGAAGAUAAUAGUGGUGUCGAGUUGGUGAGCGAAAACAUCAAAGCUAAACUGGAAAGCAGCCUUGAGUUGAUCAAGGAAGAGCGAGAUCAUCUCUCCGAGGCACUCCCCAAUCUGGAAGAAAUCGAAAGGAAAGUGCAAGAUCUCGAACAGGAGAAUGACGAUCUGAGGAAACAAAUCGACGGAUUGCAAACAGAUCAAAAUGAGUGGGAUGGAAAGUUUGUAGCUUUGCAAACAGAUAAGGAAAAUGCCAUGCGAAGUUUAGAGAAAGACUUGAACGAGCUGAAUGACCGAUAUGCCAGUCUUCAAGAUGCCAAACAGAAGCAAGAAGAAACACUACAACUUCUGUCCGAUAAUGUGUCUGCACUGGAAGAAGAGAAAUGCGUUUUAUUACAGCAGAUUAAAGCAUUUAAAGACGAAAAAGCGAAUAAUGAAGUAGCAAUAAAUGGUUCUCUAGAACUGGAAAUUAAACUGCAGCAAUCGUUGGAGGAAUUGUCCGCCCUUAAGGAAGAGAAGGCGAUCCUAGAACAGCGAAUCGAAUCCCACAAAUUGGAACAACAGUCAAUUGAGGAUAAAUGUGAAAGUCUCUGCAAUGAACUAUCGCAAAUGAUAACGGUCAAAGACCAAGCCAACGAAGCUGAAAGGCAACUACUCAUGAAUGAGAACAAUAAUCUGCGAAGCGAACUGCAAGAAAAAGACGAAGCGUUGAACGGACAAAUCAAUGCUUUGAAAUCAGAGCUGACCGAUGUAGGCGAACAAAAAAGUAAACUUCUCGCAAAGCUGCAAUCCUUAGAGAACGAAAUGGAAGAGUCGUCAAGCAUCCGGGAGCACCUGGAACGGGAAGUCCGAGCACUGAAGACGGAUUUAGGCAAUCUGCAGCAACAGUUGACUGAGAACAACGGAAAGUUGGAACAAUUCCAAGAAGGAAAACGACUCGUUCCAGCACGAGUUGAAAUGUAAGACUGACGAGGUUGAACAAUUGGAGGAGAAGCUGACUGCAGCGCUGAAAGAAAGCGUCCGAAACGUGUUGGCAGAACUGAAAGCGAGUGGGUUGAGAAACUGAGAAAUGUUGAAAGCUGCAAUGGAGAGCUCAAGAUCAAAUCGGAUGCGUUGGAAACGGAGAAAAAUGGCUUGUUGGAAGAAGUGGUGGCUGUAAAGGGGGAAUGUGAAUCACUGCGGGAGCUGAUCAAGCAGAAGGAGG